AAAAACACACGAACAAAAUAAAGGGUUUCAAAAUCCCCGCCAAUUUAAUGGAAGAAAAAUCAGAAAUCGAUGUGUGUACAGAAUCUAGUUUAAUCCCAAAACACAAUGUAUCACAGUACCUGCAAUCCCAAUUUAAGCAGAACGAUGCAUCUCCACCGGCGAAGGUGCCUCCCAACCCCACUGCUCUCAUCAGGUCGGUUGCAGACCAUAUCUCAUCUCAGCCUCUCCCAAGUUACGAUCCCGACGUUUGGGGUGUCCUUACUGCUAUUUCUAACCAUGCCCGCAAACGCCACAAGGGUAUGAACAUGCUUUUAACUGCGGAUGAACAUUGCAUUGGCCGAAACGUAGAGGAUGUGCAUUUUCAGAUUGAAUCAACUGCGGUUAGCGCGUAUCAUUGCACAAUAUAUAGGAAGAGGGUUGCAAGUGAUGAUGCAGAGAAUUCAUCCAAUUGUUAUGCGUCUGUCUUCUUAAAAGAUACUAGCACUAAUGGGACGUAUCUUAACUGGGAGAAGUUGAAGAAGAAUAGCCCUGAAAUGAAAAUACAACAUGGAGAUAUUAUAUCAUUUUCUGCUCCUCCUCAGCAUGAACUUGCAUUUGCAUAUGUCUAUCGAGAAGUUCAUAGGUCUGCCCCCUCAACUGAGGGUGCUGCUGGAAAAAGACAAUCAGAUGAAUUUGUUUCUGAGAACAAGAGACUGAAAGGUAUUGGUAUUGGUGCUCCAGAGGGUCCUAUAUCCCUGGAUGAUUUUCGGAGCCUUCAGCAGUCAAAUAGGGAUUUGAGGAAGCAAUUGGAAAGCGAGGUCCUUACUAUUGAUACACUGCACAAUGAGAGUCAUGCCACCAUGGAAUGUAAUGAAAGUGAAAUCAAAGAGAUGAGAUACAAAAUUGUAAGGACAUUUUUUUAUGAACUCAACAAGUUGCGUGAUCUGUUAGAUAUAAGGCAAAAGGAGGCGGUAGAUGUGGUUAGAAUGCUGGCUAAACAAAGGCAUGUUAUAGAUGACCUAAAUGAAAGGCUUAGUGCGUCGACGCAGUCAUGUGCUGAAGCUAAUGAAAUAAUGAAAAGCCAGAAGGCGUCGAUAGCUGAACUCAAGGCACAGUUACAUGAAGAACGAGAUCAGAGAAGAGAAGAACAAGAAAGGGCUGGUGCUGAUUUAAAAGCAGCAGUAGAAAGAGCUCAGAUAGAGGCUCAAGAGGAGCUGAAACAACAUUCAGAUGUAGCUUUAAAACGAGAAAGAGAGCAGCAAGAAGUAAUGAAUAAGCUUGAGGAUUCAGUGAGAAUGAGCUCUUUGCAAGUGGAAAGUUUAGCGACCAAACUGGUAAUAUCAAUUGCCUUCGUCAAGAAGACGCCAGACAAAAAUUGGUUAAUUCUGAGAAUAAAGUUUGCCAGUUAGAAACACAAGUUUGUGAAGAGAGACAUGCCUCUGUAAAUGCAAGAAAAGUAAUACCGAUGUCUUUAAAUAUCUGCUUAAAUACAAAAACAUGUGCAAAUAGUUGCUGAAGCUGAUUUAUUGUACAUCCUUCGUUUUUGAGCAGAGAGUGGAAGAACUUGACCAUGAAAUGAAAGGACUGAGGAAAGAACUUGAGAGUGAAAAGGUAUAAAUUGAUAUACUUCUUCUUCUUCCACCAUUCCAAUGAUGUAAAUGAUUUGAUAUGUACUCACUGCCUCAUAAACAUCCUCACUGAGACUCAAAUAAUUGCUGAUUCUUUUGUUGUCACGUCCAAUAGCUUGCCUGCAUUUCAGAUGGCUGUUUGUGUAGGUUGUGCAUUCACAAUCUAGAUAAAAACAAAAAUCUGAAUGUAUAAUAUGUUGUAAAAGGUAGUUGACCAACAUGCUAGAUAUGUUUGUUCAAAUCAUAGGGCAAUAGAAAAUUUUUGUGCAAGCAUCUUGCUGAAGUUACCAUUUUAAGCUGAAUUCUUUUAUGCUGUCGGUAGCAGGCAGCCCAAGAAGAAGCAUGGGCUAAAGUUUCUGCCCUUGAACUUGCAAUAAGUGCUGCGAUGCAGGACAUUGAUUGUGAGAGGAGGCAGCUGAAAGGCACCAGGGAAAGAAUUAUGCUUCGGUGAGAUUUGCAGAGAAAUGAUUGUUAAUUUAUUUUUGGUGUUAUGGUAAAUAUUGGAUCGUAAUUGUGCUGAUCAUGUUUGAAGUUUGAUACUGGCAAUAUUCUAAGUGAUAAGCAUUUCUUUAAUCAAGCUUCUAUUAAAAUAUUUCAGUCAUU